UUCGAGUACCUAUAGGUACUCGAAACCAAAAAUUCUCGUUCCGACACGAAAAUAAACGACCCAGCUGACCAAUACAACAUUGUGAAAUCUACGGCAAUAUUCUUAAGAUUUCCAUGUCGCAACAUUUGGUUUUUAAACUUCGCGCAAUAUCAACAUGAUAUUACCUACCUACCUAUGUGAAAAUAUUAAGUCAAUGUCAAAUUCAUCAGUGAUUGAAAGAAAAUUGUUCUGAAACCAUGUUUUAGAAAACGUCACGUAAAACUGUGCGUUUGGGUCAACAUAAACAAUAAUAAAUAAAUUAAUCAAUUUCACAUUGAAAAUAGCAAUUGUGAUGAUGUAAGAGAUUUUAUUUUAGUACUUUAAGCGAUUUUUUCUUCAAAUUAUAUUAUUUAUGAGCAGGUGCGUUCAGAAACUCAUAACCUAGUUUUGACAUUACCACCACGUUAUCGCUAUUAUCGCACGUGAACAAUUUAAGUUUUGAUUUGUGUUGGUACGUCUAAUAAACUAAUAAAAAACAUAGAUUCUGUGACAAUACACGUCGAAGUUGAUUGAACAGUUAUGAAACUAUUCCACAGUCGACAAGGCCGCGACUAAAGAGGUUAAUUGUGAUUAUAUCUGAAAAGAAAACGUUCUAAAUCUUAAGCGAUGAGGCAAAUCCUCCGCCUCCGAGUAUUCAGUUCGCUACUGACAUCCACAAUGAGAAGUCACACUUACAUUGAUUCUCUGGGCUCGGCCAGCAUUAUGGCCCGAAUCCUCGACGGCAAAGCACUGGCAGGGACAGUGAAGGAUGAAUUAAAGGAACUUAUUGCCAACUGGGUUAACCUGGGCAACCGGGCCCCUUCCAUCCGUUGUAUCUUAGUAGGAGAAGAUCCAGCCAGCCAUACCUAUGUAAACAACAAGAUCAUAGCUGCAAGAUAUGUUGGAAUUAAUGCUGAAGUGAUCAAACAUGAGAGUACCAUAACAGAAGAACAGCUCAUUCAAGAGAUUGAAACCCUAAAUGCUGACAGCAGUGUUGAUGGCAUCCUGGUGCAGUUGCCAAUACCUGAGACCAUGAGUGAACGGAAAGUGUGCAAUGCGGUUGCUCCAGAAAAGGAUGUUGAUGGUUUCCAUAUUGUGAAUAUCGGACAGCUGUGUGUUGACAUGCCUACAUUAGUGCCUGCUACCGCCUUAGCUGUUAUAGAGAUGCUGAAAAGGUUUAACAUUGAGACUUUUGGACGUAACGCGGUUGUGGUGGGCCGGUCCAAGAACGUGGGACUACCCAUUGCAAUGAUGCUGCACAGUGACAAAAAACACGACAAUGGUUUGGGCAUGGAUGCGACAGUCACUAUCUGCCAUCGCUACACUCCAAGAGAACAGUUGACCGUCUUCUGUCAGAAUGCUGAUAUCAUAAUCACAGCGACAGGUGUACCUAAACUAAUAAAGGCGAAUAUGAUCAAACCCGGCGCGACCGUCAUAGAUGUUGGUAUCACCAAGAUUACAGAUGAAAAUGGAAAAUCUAGACUGGUUGGCGAUGUUGACUAUGAUGAGGUUGUCAAAGUGGCCGGUGCCGUGACCCCAGUUCCCGGUGGAGUAGGACCUAUGACCGUAGCUAUGCUGAUGCAUAAUACAUUCCAAGCAGCCAAACAUCUAGCACAAAAGGCUCAAUUACAUUAAAAAAAUAUUAUUUAUACUAUCCCUAAUAAGUCCGAAAACAUUACUACUAUUUAUUUCAGUUAUUGGCUUUUGAAACAUAAACUUUAUUUCAUUGUAAUAGAGACUCUUUUUGUGUAAUUUUUGCGGUCGCCUUGUUGAUUAAUUUUUUUUUUAUUCAGCCAGUUUAACGCAA